UUUGCUUGUAUUAUUUGGCAGUUUGCACCCCUGUAUAUACUGUACGUGUACCUGAUUCACCCAGUCAUUGAAUCACAGCUGUUCUUCUUCUCAAACUUGACUGGAACUCAAAACUCAUGAAUUGGUUGUACCUACUACUAAAAUAACAAAAAGCUGUAAUUAGCAAUAGGUGAGCCUCCUUAAUCCCACAUCUUUUACGCUGCACACAGUACAGACAUACUAACAUUGUGAGCACCAUUUCCUUUAUCUCUGCUAAAUAUGAUAGCUUCAUUUCUUGAGAAUAACAGACACGUCACUACUGGAGAGAGGGUAAGAGUACACAUUACAGCUUUUCAGUCCAUGAAUACCAUGAAAGAUGGACGAAGACGCUUGGAAAGAAGCUUUUCGGAAUGAAAUAUUCAUCAGAGGAAUCCUACAAUGCUGGAGUUUGGAUAUCGAAGAAAAUUUCCAGAAGCAUCAGGGCUGGUUACAGUAUAUCGUAUACUCAUUUGCCAGGUUCUGUUGCCAACUAUGCGGUCGAUGUUGGGCUUCUUCAAAAGUUCACAUCUUAUUUCAGAUAAAGUCUCAGAGAAACUCAAGGCAGGUCAAGAUGCACAUCUUCAAGCAAAAGUGUAAAAUAUGUACCGAUGGAUAUUAUGAGCAUCCUAUGUUCAUGCCUGAAAACAUAGAGAUUGCCAUGGGCAUGCUUGUUAACAGGAUAAGCGAGAGAAUUUACAACACCCCUAAAAAAGAACUGCCAUCUAAGAGCUUCAUCUCAGAUGGAAGACAAGAUGGUCCACAUGAUAGCAGCAAUUGUGAGGGAUGUGAACAUGGGAUAUGCACCAAAAACGGCAAUAGGAAUGAAGGUUUUGGAGAAACCCAACCACCUUUUCGUGUGGUUGAUUGGGAAAGAGGAAUGAAUUCUUACAGAAUGGGAUGGAACUAUUUUCAGGAUACCCAUCAGGAUACCCAUCAGGAUGCUCAUCAGGAUGCUCAUCAGGAUACCCAUCAGGAUGCUCAUCAGGAUACCCAUCAGGAUGCUCAUCAGGAUGCUCAUCAGGAUGCUCAUCAGGAUACCCAUCAGGAUACCCAUCAGGAUGCUCAUCAGGAUACCCAUCAGGAUACCCAUCAGGAUGCUCAUCAGGAUGCUCAUCAGGAUACCCAUCAGGAUGCUCAUCAGGAUACCCAUCAGGAUGCUCAUCAGGAUACCCAUCAGGAUACCCAUCAGGAUGCUCAUCAGGAUACCCAUCAGGAUACCCAUCAGGAUGCUCAUCAGGAUACCCAUCAGGAUGCUCAUCAGGAUACCCAUCAGAAUGCUCAUCAAAGUAUUCAAAAUGACCAAGAUAGUUUAGAUACCAAGCCAUUAUCAAAUUGCUGCUUGUUUUGGAAUAAUAGAAAUACUCAUCGAUCUAACCAAGAUGGUUUUGAUUUCAAGUCAUUAUCAAAUUGCUGCUCGUUUUGGAAUAAUAGAAAUACUAAUCGAUCUGACCAAGAUAGUUUAGAUUCUAACUCAUUAUCAAACUGCUGUGUCAUCCUGUAAGUUUCUGCAUUUUUCCCCCCUGAAACAGCACCACUCAUAUCCAGUGUCUGUGUCUGGUAUUGCAGUCAAGUUUCCUUUACUUAAAUGGAGCUGAACUACAAUACCAGAUACAAUCAUGGACUUGAGUGUUUCUGGGGGUAAAAAAAAGUAGAACUCGUACCAUGGACAACACUUUUAGUGGAAGAACACAUAGAAAUAUUAUUUAAAUGAAACAACAGUGACUAAUAAAAAUGUCGCUUUGUGGCCUAGACUUGACGAGAAGUACAUUGUUUUAUCCUAAAGUGAAAUUCAUUGAUUGGCAGUUAAAGGGGUGGUCCAAGUUCAGGAAAAAUGGCUGCAUUUUCCAAAAACAGCACCACACCCGUUUACAGGUUGUGUGUGGUAUUUUAACUCAGCCCCAGAAAGGUAUAGAAGUUUCUGGAAGAAAGCAUGCUUGUUUUUCUAAUUCUAUGUAACCCCUCUGGCCGUGAGAGACAUGUCUGACACCAGAAAUAUUACCACCGUGGUUAUUUGAUGACAUGAGAGGUCACUGCUGUAUAAUCAUUUCUUACUAGAUAACUUCUGCCGUAUAAAAAGUUACCUUUUAUUUUUGUGUUUCCUAACCCUUGUUUUAAUUUUGCGAAUUAAAAGACAUUUUGACUUUUAUGUUUUAUUCACAU